CGAGGAGGAUGUAGAAUCAGCAUCACCACGCGUUUAGAGUUAUUUUGGCUGCUGCUAUCAAUUUCCACGUGAUUAAAUCAGCCACCCGAUUGAGCUGCUGUAAUUUUUUUGAUCGCUUCUCAGAAAAGAGUUGUCUUGUUAUUCGUAGGUAACGCUAACACUGGUCAACACACUUUUUCUGGCAUAAGGUAUUCCAACGGGUUUAAUGUAAUUUUGGGGUGCUGAUUCCAAAUCCAGUAUCAGUUUUUUGUCUAUCACAUCAGGUUUUUGAGAUAUCAAAUAUUGCAUUUCCAAUCAAAACUGCAGAAGAAAAAUAUUAAAUUAAUGUGGAUAUCUACAUAAAAUGAUAUUAUAAACACACUAUCCUAAAAAUACAGCACCAUAUUUUAACACUAAAGCAGUCACUGCCUCGCAACAACUUGCAAUCAUUAGUGACAGAGUUAAUUUUGGGUAAAAUCAAUGAAAAUGGGGUAUGCCGAUAGCAUAAAAAUUAUGUGAUAGAGCAAAUCUGAGAUCAGAUUAGGAAUCAGCACCCUGAAAAUAGUCUUAAACAGCUGCAAAAGUCCAGGCCAGAAAAUUAUUUUUUUUGUUGACCAGUUUAAUUGGUUCUAACCGGAGCUUUGUGAAUCUUUAAACCGUGCAGGAAGCGGGAGUGGACCAUCCAUAGGGAGACGGAAUGCCGUUGAAAGUUCUAUUUUGGACUCCGAACAUUGUAGGCUAUGUCCGCCUACUGCUCCUCGCGCUUGCCUGGUGGUGGUUGGACUCCCCUCACCUGUUCGUGCCUCUAUACUCGACCUUUGCAGCUCUGGACUGGAUUGACGGGUGGCUGGCGCGCCGCCUGCAUCAGACCUCCGCCUACGGGGCCUGGCUGGACGUGGCCAUCGACAACCUGGGACGCGGGCUCCUGUGGAGUCACCUGUGCCAGGGCUGGGGCUACCUGAUCUCCGCGCUCGAGUGGAUCGUCUUCGUUUGCAAUCACCGAUCGCUGGGAGCCGACUGGAAGGAGAAAUUCGACGGAGCACCACGCUGGGUUCAAGCCGUCAUGGCCAACGGUGUUGUGCGGGAGAGGGGAAAGAAAAAAACAACACGAGCUUCAUCAUGGGACCUCCCUCGCAGAGGGUUCUGCACGCCGCUGGGAUUGUUCGCCGUCAUGGGUCUGGACGUCUUACCCCUGUGGCUCUACGUGAGUCAGAACCGAGAGCCACUGGGUCUGGCUCCCUUCACACUGCCACUGCUCACAGCCGGCACGGCACUGCUGAUGAGUGGGCGCGCGAUUUGCCUGGGCGUAGAGGUGUGGUGUGUGUGGAAUCACAUCCGCUAUCUGACGUCUCUCCAAUCGUCACCCGCCAGACGCUGAGGAAGACAACAAAAAACCCGCGAUGUGGAUGCAGAGAUUUUUUUGUCUAUCCGGUCCAUUGGAAGACCAUCAACUCUCGAUGAUACUGCUGUAUCUAUAUAUAUAAAAGGGAAAUGUGUGAA